AACAAAGAGCAUUGGAUUAUCCGUUCAUUUGUGUUGUGACAACCAAACCGGGCAGCCAGAAGAGGUAACUUCCGCGCAGUGGUGGUCCAAGUAGCUGAGCUCUCAGAGAAGAGGGAAGAGUAAUCCAGAAGGUGUGGCUAUUCCACUUUGGACCAAGUCUGGUCAUGGGCCCUGCUGGCCGAAGCCACCGCCUGGAGCUUGGAAUCUUCUCCCCGUUUCUCCCGUCAAAAUCCUUCCAGUUACGCGAGCUGUCGCUUCACUGAGAGGAAGGGGAGCAGCCGCACCGCACUCCCUUCCCACGACGCGGUGAUGAACUGAUGAGUAGCUGUCCCACUGCCUCUUUCCUGAAUUUAGUGGCCAAGAGGCACGAUGUGACGUGACACGCGCUUGCCUCAAUAUUUAGGUACUAGUUUAAGCUAUUUUAAUACCACAUCCAUUUUUACUUACUUAUCAUUAGCCUUUUACAGUAGCAUUUUUUAUUUUAACGGUUUUUCUAUGAAAAAUUUAUAUAUAUCAAAAAGUUUUGUAUCGUUAGAUUCGUUCGAAAUAUAUUUUAUUAAUAUUAUAUACUUUAGUAUAUACUUUUAAGUAUUUGUAAAUUUUUCAUAGAAAAAUACAUAAAAUCAAAAGGCUAUAUUUUUCUUUUCUAAAAAAAUAUUAGAACUCGUAAAUAUACGCACGCACCACCGUAAUUUUACUGAGAAACGCUGUCCUGAAUCAGUUUAAUGGAGAGCGCGCGCCAUGACCCACGAACCCGCUGGUGGGUGGGCCAGUGACAGCGUGACCAAGAGACCAGGACAAGCUAGCAGCUGCUGACGCCGCCCCGCCCCACCGCAGUGUCUGACUCGGACACGCGCACGCCGCCCCUCACUCCCCGCGGCACUGACCAGUGACCAGCUGAUCGCUCGCGUCGAGUAACGUGUAACGACUAACGACCAUUCAGACACUCAGUUAUCUAUAUAUAUUUUCCCGCCUCCUUCCCCUCCCCUCACCCAAGUCCAAGCUCCACCGCUCCACCCCAGCUCGAGGAGAGCUCACUAACAUGGCUACUACUCCGGGGCACGCUUCUCUUGACUCUGCAAUGGACACGCCCUCGCAGCUGCUGGUUUCGUCGCCGUCGUCCACGGAGCAGGAGGAGUGCAGGACGGUGUGGUCGGCGCCGCCGAAGAAGCCGGCGGGGCGGACCAAGUUCCGGGAGACGCGGCACCCGGUGUACCGCGGCGUGCGGCGCCGGGGGAUGGCUGGCGCGGGGCGGUGGGUGUGCGAGGUGCGCGUCCCGGGGCGGCGGGGCUCCAGGCUCUGGCUCGGCACCUUCGCCACGCCCGAGAUGGCGGCGCGCGCGCACGACGCCGCCGCGCUCGCGCUCGCCGGCCGCGGCGCCUGCCUCAACUUCGCCGACUCCGCGUGGCUGCUCCCGCCGCUGAUGCCCGCGUUGUCGGUAUCGGCGGUGUCCAGCGCGCGAGAGGUCAAGGACGCCGUCGCCGAGGCCGUCGAGGCGUUCCGGCGGCGCUCGGUUGCGCCGCUGUCGUCGCUGGCGGCGCAGACGGCCGGUGAGGAGGAUAGUGGUGGGUCGCCGUCCGCGGCGCCGUCGAGCAACGUGUUCGAGUUCGAUGAUGACGAGUGCAGGUUUGGCGGCAUGGACGGUGCCGUGUCGUACUACGCGAGAUUGGCGCAGGGCCUCCUCGUGGAGCCGCCGACCGCCGGAGCGUUGUGGGAGGACGGCGAGUACUUCACCACUGACAUGGCGCUAUGGAGCUACUAAGCCUUAUGAAGUAGCUUGCUUGAUUAUAAAAUUUUGGAUAAUUUUGUUUCUCCAUGGAGAGAAACAGAGGAUAGAUAGUUCUCAAAGAAAAAGGAAAUAGAGGAUAUGAUAGGCAGGAGAAUUUUGCGAUUUUUAGAACGAGUAUUGUGUUUAUUUUUUUCUAUUCUUGUUACUCAAGC